CCGUACCCGUUUAAGAAAGGGUACAAGUCAAACUUUUCAGCCAACUAACCCGUUUCGUAUCCGUUGUCCCGGCCCGCCCAUUUUGCCAGGUCUACAAGUAACCCCUCUUUGUCCGGUUUCCAUUUAAGUUAAAUUUCUCCAUAAUCGACUUUCUGUGAGCCCUUGACGACGGCGAGAGUUCCGGCGAGAAUGAUGAAGGAAGGCGUCGACGAAGUUUACAUAAACACCGCCUGAGUUCAAAGCUUCCAGAAAACCGCUUGUCGACGGCGAGAUUGACGAAGGGAGCCCUCGAUGAAGCUGCCAAGAAGCACCGUGUAUUUCUGAACAUUCCAGAAAUACCGUUUCUGAACGGCGAGGUGAGUUCCGGCGACACUGACGAAGAAGAAGUAGGUGUGACAAGUGAGAAAGCAGGAAACAAGACACAGAAAUACACUAAGAGAAAGUCACUUUUUUUCAACUAAACUCACCUCGGCACAAUCCUCUGUUGGUCGACAGGCAGAGUAGUCAGUCAAGAAAAUGGCCGAGGGAGAUGAGAACAUGCCUAGGGAUGCGAAGAUUGUUAAAUCACUGCUGAAAUCGAUGGGUGUGGAAGACUAUGAGCCUCGAGUCAUACACCAGUUCCUGGAGUUGUGGUACCGGUAUGUUGUUGAUGUAUUAACGGAUGCACAGGUUUACUCGGAGCAUGCUGGCAAGUCUUCUAUUGAUUGUGAUGAUAUCAAGCUUUCUAUUCAGUCGAAAGUCAAUUUUAGCUUCUCGCAACCCCCACCAAGAGAAGUCCUACUACAGUUGUCUAGAACCAGGAACAGCAUCCCAUUGCCAAAGGUAAUAGCAUCACCCGGUAUCGCACUCCCACCUGAGCAGGACACAUUACUCGGUCCUAACUACCAACUGUUGAUCCCAAAGAAAUCUGCCCAGCCAAUGGAGGAAACAGAGGAGGAUGAAGAAACUGCUGAUCCCAGCACAUCCCAGCAACAGAGAACAGAUUUGCCACAACAAAGGAUAGAUCUGCCGCAACAAACACCUCAAGCUCAAAGGGUUGCAUUUCCCCUUCUUAAACACCCAAAGCGCGAGAUGUUCUAGCUUUUCAAGACAUCUGAUUGACACCCUGUUAUGUGAAAGAGAUAGGGCUUAAGGUGCAUCAUCAGUCAAUAAGUAUGUGUUUGGCUUGUUUCUGAUUUUAUGUGGGCAACUCUUAGUGCAUGAAUUUAUUUUUAGUUUUGAGGAUCUUCAGAAGAAGUAAUUCACCGGUUCAUUGAAUUAAUAGAUUUCAGUCAGAAAUGAUAGGGCAUAUUUUGGUAUUAUUCUUGUUCAAUGUAUCCUGGAAUAUGUAUAGGACUUGACCAAGUUUAUAGCAACCAACUCUGAUGAUAUAACGUUGCGUAUGCUUCUUGUUGUCAAAUAUGCUUCUCUUUGGCUUAAAGAGUCAUAUUUCAUGGUACAUAUGGUUUAACUACCCGUUCCAGUCUCAUGUAGGCAAUGGAAAAGUGGUCUUGAAUGUUAUAUAUGAUUGUACAAUUUGGAAAACCAAAUGUGAUAAGAGUUACUGUGCU